CCUGAAUCACGUCCGCCUGGAUCGAGUAAAUCAAUGAUUCAAUAGACAAUCCUUCUUUAGUCUUUGGAUACAGAGAACCGGUUUAUAAAUAUAAUCAAAGGGCUCAAAAAUCAAUUUGGCCUCAAUUCGAUUAGCUUUCUACGUGCAGUUGAACUUCCUCCCUUUGCUCCCAGCCCCCCAGGGUAACACCAUAGCUGUUCGGUCCACGCACUUAGUAUCAACCUAACACCCUUUGCUAUCCAAAAUGGCCACCCGUCGUCCUCAGGGUAAAUCAUACGCAGAAGCGGUCGCUUCUCCCGCGCCAGAGAAGACAUCUGAUUCCGAUGUUACCCCUGCAGUUCCCACGAAUGUCAUCUUCAAACUGCUAGGGUUUUCCGCGGCGAUGGUCUCACUGCCCAUUGGCAUGUACUUUGUUGCAGUAAAGUUUGGCGCGAGUCCAACUGUCGCCGGCAUUAUUGCGGCUGUUACGGCUAAUAUUGUCUUGUUUUCGUAUGUCUUUGUUGCAUGGCAGGAUGAUCGCCUGGAGAGAGAAGCCUUGACAAAAAAGAAAGAAAAGAAGGCGCAAUAAGGGGCCUGGGGUCUCUAGCGGGAUUACCAAUCGGUUUACGUUUAUGCGUUAGUCUUUGUACUUAAUAUGCGGCGUUCACGGACAGCUGUGUUGUAAUUCUACUUCGGUUUAGUCCAAGGAUGAUAACUCGUGUGGACUUUGAGAAUAU